AUUGGUGUGGACUUUAGCGAAGCCACGGGUGAACUCAAGUUCUUAAUAUUGGACCCGCACUACACCGGCGGCGAAGAUCUCAAUGUUAUUCAGAAGAAAAAAUUAAGAGUGUUUUGUGACAUCAACUCGUGUUUCGAUGCCAUGGAUAGCGAAUCUUAUCCACAAUCACUUCAAAACAUCUAUUCAACAGAUGAUGAGAGCGGAAGUAGUGAUGACUUGUGCUAUGAGGUCGGCGUAGACUACGAGAAGGAGCCGCCGGUAGAGCCGCAGGAAACGCCGCAAUCGCCGGUCUCUCCCAGAAUCGGACAACGGGUUCGACGCGAGCGGACCCUAUCGUUGUCCAAAUCGGCGAAAUUCAUUGGUGUGGACUUUAGCGAAGCCACGGGUGAACUCAAGUUCUUAAUAUUGGACCCGCACUACACCGGCGGCGAAGAUCUCAAUGUUAUUCAGAAGAAAGGCUGGUGUGGAUGGAAGGCCUCCACAUUCUGGGACAAGAAUGCAUUCUAUAAUCUAUGUCUUCCUCAAAGACCUGAUACUUAUUAAUCAAUGUUUUACUAAAUUUUAAUCAAUUUUUGUUAUAUUUUCCUUUACUGUUAAAACAUUUAUUUUUGCAAUAAAAUACACAUUUACUCUUCACUA